AAAUGACUUUACGAUUAGGAUAUCAGUCUUUAGUCAGCUUUUAUUCAAUCAAUUCGGUUCUAUCCUUUUUGUUUCCCCCCAAUCCGUAAAAUGUCUGCCAAAUUCGUGAUUUGCCUGGCCAUGUGCGUUCUCAGCUCGGUGUCGGCCGGAGUCAUUCCGGUGGCUGCACCGCUUGCUGCUGCCGGAGUGGUUGCACCGUACGCAACUUCCUACAACGCUCACACGGUGAACCAUGCCAUCGCGGCACCGUACGUGGCUGCCGCUCCGGUACUUGCUCCUGCCGCCAAACUCGUGGCCGCUCCAGGCGUUGCUGCUCCGUUGGCCUACAGCGCGUACACUGGACUGCCUGCUUUCGGAGCGUACUCCGCCUACAACGGAUUUCCUGCCAGCUAUGUGAUCUAAUGCACAGUAACGACAAUAGAACUCGAUCAGGUGUGUUCCAUUCAUCGCUGAUUCAUCCCAUUGAGUAAUUAAGCUUGAUAAUGCGUCGAACAGUUCAUGUUCAAUCGGUUCUUGUGUUACGAGCGAUUAUACUGCUUCCAUUGCUUGUUGGGAUUUAAUCAUGGCUGUCUGAUUUCGCAGAUAUCCUCUGUUGUAAAUAGCUUUUCAUGUAAUAGUAUGUAGUAGCAAUAUAUCGUGAAAAAAUUUAAA